GACAACCCUUGCUGCACGACAGCGAUGAGCAGCGCGACAGAGGCGACGCCGCUGCUUGUGGCGCCGACAGCGAAGCCCCGCGACUGGUUCAGCGCUUACCACCGCAUCCUGCUCGCGACGCUCUUGCUCUCGACGACAUUUUGGUUUACCUCCACGCCGGUCAUCUAUGUAUUCCGUGUCUUCAGCUGCCAAGAGUACUACGCCGACCCGUCACACCCGCCGUACGAAGGAACCGGUGACGCCUGUGCCUUGCCUGCUAUUGAGGCGACAACAUCCAGCGAUAUCGGUAUCAUGGGGCUAUUUACCUCGAUUAGUGGAACCCUCAAUCUGCUUUUGACGACGUGGCAAAUCCGGCAUUGGGGGCUCCGGUCAGCACUCAUCCAGCAGACGCUCUGGCCCGCAUUCAGAAACCUCUGCCAGAUAUAUGCGACGUUUGUCGGGGGGAGGACGGCGAUAACCAUAAUCCAGACAACACAGAUGAUCACGAUACUUGGUGGGGGACUGGGGUACAACCUCGCGGUCAACUCGUAUAUCACGGAGGUCGUCGAGGCAGAGGGGCGCACAGCAGCGUUCGGGGUAUUGGCGGGUAUGAACAUGCUGGGAACGGCCAUCGGCUUCAUUGGGGGUGGGCUUGCUGGCUCCCUCAUCAACAUAACGGCCCCAUUCCAGAUCACAUUCUGCCUCCUCGUUGGAAGCACAGUAUUCACCCGCCUAAUGCUCCCAUAUGUGGCGCCGACCACACAGUCGGAUGCAAAGACGCCGUCUAAGGGGAUUCUAUCCUCGUUCUCUGCACUGCUCGUUUUCCGUCCCGUGGCCUAUUUCACGCCAACGGGCACGAAGAAGUGGUACUACGGCCUCACGCUACUUGCGUUUGGCACAUUUGCCGGUGCAUUGGCGACAUCUUACGUCCCGCUCAUGCUCCAGCUGACUGCCACAAACCGCUACGACUAUGGGACCGCAGAGAACGGCUACCUCAUGGCCUCGCUGUCUCUCUCCCGCGCCUUGUUCCUCACGUUCGCAUUUCCCAAAAUAAUCAGUAGUGGUCGAAAAUGGUAUUCCUCGACCAACGACACCAAAACACCGCCCUCACCUGUUGCUCCGCUGAACGAGCCAGAGAUGGCUAUACCCGCUACUUUGGAGGGCGGGGAUGCACCACUUGUAGACGAUGCCGCGGCGCAUGUCGCGCCAGGCCCGACAGACCAGAUACAUGGCAGCAGAUUCGACCUGGUCUUCCUCCAGUGGUCGAUGGUUGUGGAUGCGGUGCUGACCGCGCUUGUCGCGUUGACGUCCCGCGCAUGGCACAUCAACCUCGCCGCCGUGGUUCUCCCCCUUGCAAGCGGGACCGCCCCCGCGUGUAAAGGCGUGCUGAUGGACAUGUUACCGACCGACUCCGCGUCGGAUGCGGAGGCCCUUGACGAAGGGACAGCGAAGGCUCGUGCUGCUGCCAGGCGGGCAGACGCGCUCGCGGGCAUUUCCAUCAUCGAGACAUUCUCGUGGAUCUCGACGGUGGCGAUAUUUGGCCAGCUUUUUGCCGUCCUGUCGGCGAUGGGCAGGCCAAACCUGGUGUUUUUCUGCAACUCGGGGCUGGCGGUGUUCGCAGCAGUGGUGCUGUUUGCAGUGCGCUUUCCGCCGGGGCGGAAGUAG